CAACCAAGCAGGAUUUCUUGGGAGCUAGUUUUGCUGACUUGAUGGUGUUCCCUACAUGAUGCGUGCUAGAUGCGGAACUUAUGAAAUAUGUUGGUGAAGCUUAUCCAAAAGGUGUACAUUCAGUUUAUUGUGUCAGAGGAAAAGAUGUGGAAGAACCAGGAUCUGAUUUGGAGCUUGUGGUGGUAAUUUUAGCUGCUCGACAUAGCCCACAAAAUUUCUGCAAUGGAAGCUGGCGCUCAAUAUGGAAUGUUGAGUUCAAGGAUGAUUUACAAAUAGUGGAUGUGAGAGGCAGAAUACAGGUAGGUGCCCACUACUUUGAAGAGGGAAAUGUCCAGUUAGAUGCUAAACAUGAAUGCAAGUGUAAGAAAUAG